AAAGCGGAAUGCAUUUUAUUUAUCCACAUAUAGACGGUUCGUUCGGACGAAAACCGGGUUGUAACCUAGCUCGUAGCAACCUCACUAUGGUUAGAUAGAGCUGCCUGCUGUGUAAUGAAAACGUUUAGCCUAUGAUUUAUUCAACUGCAAAUCUGCAAACUGCGUAUCUUGCGAAUCUGCCCAUCUGUGCGUCACUUCGGAACUAUCCUAAACUAUUGUUUGUUCUGUACGAGAAAGCAGGGAUUUGUAUGGGCGGGGUUCAACUAUAAAGUCUUGGAAACGGUAGUUAAAAUGAUUAAGGGAUUUGGUCAGAGGUAGCCUAGGUGUCAGUCUGGUACACGAGAUGCUGUCCGACGUUUCCACCGAAGUCAUUUCUACAGACUCGGUGACCGACCUGAGACAAGAGGAGAUGGUCAUAACCCUGUUAAGACACUAUCAGACCAUGAGGCGACAGGAGACGCGGUUACGUCUUGCCACGGGGUUCAUGAUACUCAUGGGCUUAGCAGCUGUUUUUUUCUUCCAUUAUCAGAAACGUAACAGUGCGAGUGAGGCUGGCAUUGCUGCCCAGAAUGAACCUUCUGCUCAAGCACAACAUGAUGCCCGGCAGAAGAAAAAGCCUUCCUUUUACCUGACUCCUGAUAAGAACCAAACCAAGAACAUGAAACCCAUGCAGUGGCUGAACCGCACCACCACCCAGGCUGUCCAAUCUAUUUGGAUUCCGACAAAUGGCAUAUAUUUUGUGUUCCUGCAAAUGUCUCAUCGGAUCCCAGAUACUGACUUCUGUGCAAAAAUGGCAAAAAAAGGGACAUACCUGACUGCUAGUGUCGUUAGGACCAGAGAGGCCUACCCAGAGCCUGACACCUUGUUCAUCUCAAAGGACAGCAUCCCCUGUACCUACCCAAACUUCAGAAGUGUUUACGCUGGCCACUUAAUCAACUUGAUGGCUAACGAUAAGUUGGAGGUCAUGGUCGACACAUCUUCUGAGCUGAUUGACUGGUUUAUUAAGAAAGGGGUGGUUUUUGGUGGUUAUCUAAUAAAUAGACUAAAGGACUGAAACUGAAAGAAACUUUUGGUUAUGGUGUUGUGAUAUCAUUGUGGUGGUGGUGUUUCAAUUUGGUAUCAACAGAUUUUUCAGAUGUAUCUGUUUUGAUGUGAUUUUUAAAAAAAACUAAUAUUUAGUAUGUAGAUAGUAAUGGUCAUACCAGUACUUUUUUAAAAAUGAAAUUAAAAAUGCUGUAAGCAAUUCUGGAUGAUGUCACAUUUGUUCAUAUUUUAACCCAAUCCCCAAACAAAACAGAGGGCAAACUCCCCUUCCUUCCCCUAAACUCCCUUUCCCCUUUCAGUGGUUGGCUUGAUCAGUUUUGUUAUGGUUUGGGGGACAGGCUUGCUCCACUUGGUUUCUGAUUCUGAGAGCUGUUUAUAAAGAUUGCUUUUUAACAGUGUAUUCACAGAAUGGUGAGCCAGUGGAUCAUGAGGAGAUAUUUGCUGAAUGUGACAAGAAAUGUUACAGGUUAGAAAUAGCUUAGCAUCACUUGCAGUACCAGAAAUUAUAUGUGUUUUUUACAAGAAAUGUUCCCCCAUUGGAGAGCUCUUCGAAACUAACCUGUUUUAUGUUAAAACAAUUAUGUUAAAUGCAUAACCAAUCUAAUCCUUUUCUAAAAACAGAUUGAGCAGUAUGGAUUUGUUUGAGAUAUUAUGGUUUAAUAGGUCAUUAAAGUUAUGAACAUAUUUAAAAAUGUUGCUUUUUACUAAUAUGUGGUCCCUGGGCUGACUUU